AUGGCCCACAGUCUCUCUGAGGAAUGCACGCCUCUAAAGCACAAAUACGACUCGUGCUUCAACGCCUGGUUCGAAGGCUACCUCGAGCCCGCCAUGAACGUCUCUGCCGACGCCCAGCAGCGCGAAACCUACUCGAAGCAGAAGGCUGCGGAGUACGAGGAGAAGUGCGGCAAAAUAUGGGAGAGCUAUAGGCUCUGCGUGCAGAAAGCCGUGAAGGACAAGGGACUGGACACGCUCUUGCAGCAGGCCAGAGAGGAAAAUCCGCUGACAGAACCACCGCCAGUGGACAAGAGCUCGUCGCCAUCGCCGAACUCGUAG